AUGGCGAAGCGCACAGUGAAGAUGGGGGUGAUGGGCCGCUACGGCACCCGUUACGGCGCAAACCCGCGUAAGCGCGCGAAGAAGCUUGAGGUGUCUCAGCAUGCCAAGCACUUCUGCUCCUUCUGCGGUAAGUUCGCGUUCCGCCGCAAGGCUGUCGGCAUCUGGCGUUGCGACGGCUGCAGCAAGACCGUCGCCGGUGGUGCGUACACCCUGAGCACGCCGAACAACAGCACCGUCCGCUCCACGGUCCGCCGUCUGCGCGAGCUGGCCAAGAUCUAA